AUGCCGACAGGUUUGAAACCCUCGGGAAUGCGGUUCGGAGAGAGUUGCUGGCAGGUGGAAGUUUCUUUUGACGUCACUUUCAGUCUAGACUUGCAGAGGUUCAGAAAGCAGGAAGAGAAUUUGACGGCAGGUUAUCCCAGUGUCAGCGCUCAGCAGAGGAACAUGCAGACGAAUAAGAAACGGGCAAUGCCAAAUCAGGGUGAGAUCUUGGUGAUUCGACGCGGCUGGCUGACCAUCAAUAACAUCAGCAUCAUGAAGGGAGGCUCGAAGGAGUACUGGUUCGUGCUGACGGCUGAGUCUCUGUCCUGGUACAAGGAUGAGGAGGAGAAAGAGAAGAAGUACAUGCUGCCGCUGGACAACCUGAAAAUCCGAGACGUGGAGAAAGGGUUCAUGUCAACCAAACACAUCUUCGCAAUCUUUAACACUGAGCAGAGGAAUGUCUAUAAAGAUCUCCGGCAGAUUGAGCUGGCUUGUGAUUCCCAGGAGGACGUGGACAGCUGGAAAGCUUCUUUCCUCAGGGCCGGGGUGUACCCUGAAAAGGACCAAGCAGAGAACGAUGAGGCGGGCCCAGUCGACACUUUCUCAAUGGACCCCCAGCUAGAGAGGCAGGUGGAGACCAUCCGCAACCUGGUGGACUCCUACAUCGGCAUCGUCAACAAGUCCAUCCGAGACCUCAUGCCAAAAACCAUCAUGCACCUCAUGAUCAACAACGCGAAGGACUUCAUCCACUCUGAGCUGCUGGCGUACCUGUACUCCUCUGGGGAUCAGACCAGCUUGAUGGAGGAGUCCGUGGACCAGGCGCAGCGCAGAGACGACAUGCUGCGUAUGUACCACGCCCUGAAGGAGUCGCUGAAGAUCAUCGGAGACAUCAGCACCACCACCGUGUCCGUGCCGGCCCCCCCACCCGUCGAUGACUCCUGGAUGCAGAAAGACCCCAGCCCGAACCUUCAGCACAGACCUGCAGGGGGCGUUCCGCCACCCAGCCGCCCCCCCGCGGUGAGGGGACCCACCCCCGGCCCGCCCCUCAUCCCCACCCCUGCCUUUGGUGCUCCUCCAAUCCCCUCACGGCCUGGCCCCCAGCCCGCCUACGGCUCAGCCAAUCAGGACCCUUUCAGCGCCCCGCCUCUGAUCCCCUCCCGGCCGGUCCGUAUCCCUCCCGGCGUGCCUCCCGGGGUCCCCAGCCGAAGACCUCCAGCUGCUCCCAGUCGCCCAACCAUAAUCCGGCCGGCAGAACCUUCCUUACUAGACUAAACACUGGGAGACACAGACAGGCAGACAGACAGACAGACAGGCAGAGCUGUGCAGACCAUGGCCGAGCUGGGAGGGGGGGGCAGGCGGCCCUCCUGGUUAAAAUCAGUACUGUUUGUUUAUAACAUAAACAAGUCAAUGAGGUUUGAGCUGCAUACUUUUUUUUAAACAUGAAAAGUAAAAACCAUGGGAAAAUAAUUUUCCCAGGUGGAAAACCAGCUUACCUCAUUGGAUUGUUUGCGAAUGCAAACCGUGGAAAUCCAGGGAACUCUCCACUGCUAAGUUAUGCUAAGCAGCCAGCCCUGCAAUAAGUUAAAACUAUCUUUUAUUGACCUACAUCCAGCAGGAUUUUCCUUGUUGAAAUGAUGCUUGGGCUGGGCCGAAUUCUUGGUGAAAAUCAGUAAAUAACGACAAUAGCUUUAGGAAUUGUAAUUCUAUUGCAAAGCAUAAGAAUUAUGUUGUGACCAACAUUAGAAGCUGAAACAGUGCAGAGCUUUUGAAUUGGGCAAGUAAACUGGAAGCCAGCAAUGCCCGAAUUUCUAAAGAGGCCCUCCUGGGGCGUGCAUCUGCCAGCCCUCGUUAGAACGACCCCCAAUCUGAGAGCGUUAACCUGUCUGGUUCUGUGAAGCUCUCCUCUCUGUUCAUAGAACAUGAAAACAUUUUAGAAACUGCAGCCUUCAUUUCUUGUUGAUAUUGUGUUUUUCUAAUCUGAUCAAUUGAAAAUAGGUUAUGAGAUUAAUUUCUCCAGUUUUUUUCUCUCUUUUUUUUUUCUAGCUUUAAGGAAUUCUAUAUUAAUUAAAUAAAUAGAUAAAUAAAUACACAGAAGCCAGCAUCUCAUAAAUCGACACCUGAUAGAAUCACGAUUUUGGAAAUCUGAACCGAACCCGAUUUUAGGGAAUCCAUUUUGGAAUUGGAGAUUCCGGUCAAGUGGAUUUUCAAAGUGCAUCUGCAUUGAGGAUGUGAAUUUAAAAAACACUGCAACACCCCCCCCCCCCCCCCCCCCCCCCCCCCCCCCCCCCAAAAAAAAAAAUGAUAUAGCUGUCUUUGGAGAGCUGCCUUUGAAAUAGUGCUAUUCUGGAUGGAAAAUGUCAACUAGUGUGUAAUAAUAAUAAUAAUAAUAAUGAUAAUAAUAAUUAUAAUACAUUUUAAUGGUUGUGUGCUUUGAAAACUGCACCAUGCUCUUAACACACUGAAAGUACCUUAAUAAUAAUUUGUGAUAUUUUUACACGCUGUGCCUUGAUUUAGCGAGUUUGCAUAGAGUUCGACUGACAGCAAACCCAACUUCAAUUAAUAAAAGGAUAAUUGCUUGUCCUCGUUAAUUCCUUUUAAAAAUCUACUUGUACAUUUUUUAUUGUUAAAAUGAUUUCAGUUAAUAAUUAAACAGUAAAUCAAAAUAAACUUAGUUUGGGGAAUGUAAACUUGGAGAAAUGGGAAGAUAGUGUUUCGUUUAUCAGCACAUUUCGCUCUUAAUGUGACAGCACUCCAAAUUUAGAUUGUGCAAGCAGUAUCUAUUUUUAUAACAAUGUAAUGCUGAGUCGUGUAUAUAUUUUCAAAAGUAGCUGUGUUUCCGUUCAAUUUUCAGAAUAGCUGGUGUUAAAUUAAAGCUUUGAAUUUUUAUUUUUACCUCAAGCAAAGUAAAAGGCGCUAUUGCAAUUGUGCAGUGCUUACCAGAGCAAAAAAACUUAAACAUUCAGCUGUGAGAAAGAGGGUGUUAUUGCUGCCUUGUGACACCGGGGGGCGCUGUCUGCUUGUCACGACCUGUCUAGGUGCGCAGUGUGGCCGCUCUUGGGGUGACAUCAUCAUCCGCACGGAAUUGCCAGCACUUUGUGGCCCGUGACAUCAUGAUCUGAAUGAUUUACACCCGUCAAUCACACACUCAACAGCGCCAGGUGUAGAAGAAACUCCUGUUUGAAUUUCCUUUCGUGUUUCUGAAAUGUGUGACGUACAGGUUGUUUGUUUGUGUCCUAAAAUUUAUGAUUUUUAACUUUUGGGCAGAAAUAAAACCUACAUAUUAUCAAGGGCUGCUUUUUAUGCAAUACAUAUGCAUCUAAUGUAUUUUUUUUUUUUGCUUGACAUGAUAACGACCUCUUAGAGUUGAGGGUAUUUUCUUAAUCCCAAAUGCAGCAUUAAUCAAGUUAGCUGUCUAUAGCGAUCACUCAGGCACAAGACUGCUUUGGAAAGAGAUUUAUUCAGGGCGGUGGGGUGGGGUGGGGGGGUUGUAGAAGUCACACACAAACGAAAACCACUAGAAGGAUCAGAUUUAUUUUUCCAAACAAUUCUGUAGCAAAAUAACAAUGCAUUUAAAACAAGGGGGGUGGGGGGUGGGGGCUAAAACCAUGUUAUGUCUGGCAUAUAUUAAAAUUAUUUUACUCUCUCUUGAUUAUUUAUAACCAGAGAAUUAUUUUUUCUUUAUGAUUGGAGUAAAUGAGUAAUGAACAGCAUUCAGAUCUGAAAGUGUAAGGAUUGUAUUCCGGGGGACCGGGGAAAGGGUCUUGCCACAGUGGAUUCCAAAAUGGGAAAACCGGGAGAUCAGGAAAAGUAUCCUAGUAUUGACAGAGCGAGCUGAAAUUCUGGACUGCCUGAAAAAGAUGAAUAACCUUUUUAUUAAAAAAAAAAAAAAAAACACUGAAAACAAAACAACUAAAAAAAAUACCCAGCACAUUGUGCUUUUAAAUUGUCAAACCCUAAAUUCAAAACGUCUAGGAAAU